AUGUGCGAUGUGGUACUACUGUGUAGAGUUAGCGAUGGCAUGACUUUGGUCGAAACGAACAGCGAGUCCAAAAAUAUUGCACACAAAAUAGAGUUGAAAAAAUUAUGCAAGAGGCUACAGUCCUUUCCUAGUUUGUCUACCGUGACGUCCAACCAGUUCAACUACCACUUCCUCAUCGAAAAUGGAAUAGCCUACAUCGCGGUUUUCCCCGUCACCUACCCGAAGAAAUUAGCCUUCUUAUUUUUAAACGACAUUUGCAAGCAGUUCAAUGAAGAGCUGAUGAUCCAGUAUGGGACGCACUCGAUCGAUUACAGGUCCAUCAUUGAGACCAUUGAAAAGCCCUACUCCUUCAUCAAAUUUGACAGAAAAAUUUCAAAGAUCAAACAGGAGUACAAGGACCCUCGCUCCAACAUCGCUAUUAAAAAACUUAACGAAAGCCUGAACGAAGUCAGCAGCAUAAUGAGAAAGAACAUAGACGAUAUCCUACUGCGAGGAGAGAAUCUGGAAGACGUCGGACGGAAAGCCUUCAACUUGAAGUACGAGUCGGAGAAGUUUAAAAAGGUCUCCAGAGUGCUCAGCCUCAGAUACACCCUCUACCAAUACGGAAUCCUCAUCUUUGAGAAUGUUCAAUUGGAGUUGCUGCACAUUGAUGCUACCACGAACUGCUCUGGCGAAGUAAACGCGGGAGGUAAAAAUGAACUUUCUCACAGGAGUGAACAAAAUGAGGAGGUUCCCAAGCGCGGGGAUAGGAAGAUACACAAAUACAACUUCGGCUCUUUGAAAAAGAAGCUCCACAUAGAAAGCAAAGAGCAGGGGACGGAUGUCGGGGGAGUCGAGCCAAGUGACCAAAAGGAGGAUAAUAAAAAUGAGGAAGGAACAGAAGUUUCCACCGGGAAAACGAAUGGAGGGAAGGAAAAUCUUUCCCCAGAGGAGGAAUAUACGAAGUGUAUUGGUAUGAUCGAAAAGGAGCUUAAAGGCGAGGAGGAUGCAAAAAUUAGGGAGGAGUUGGAAAACCUGUGUUCAAAAAAGCGGGAACAGGAUGAGGCGGAAAAAGCGGCAGUCCAGGCAAAGGAGGCCAAAUCGAAGCUAAACGAAAAGGCGCAACUCGAGACGCACCCCCAUGGCGGGGACACUCACAACGACUGCAAGAGGCACAUAAUUUCCCAGCUGGGGCUCUCCACCAAACUGGACGUACCACUGGAAGUCCUGAAGGAAUCCCUUUCGGAGGUGAAAAACUGCGUAAGGGAUUACACACAAAAGUGCCCACUGAAUUGGAAGGUAAGCGAGACGAAUGAAGCUUUUUGCGUUGGCCCAGAGUCGUAUAUAGGACCAUGUGCAAAAGAAAUAAAAAACGACCUAAACGAGGAUGAAAAAAUGCAAAUGGAAAAGAAGUGUUCCCUAUUUUGGAAAUGCGACUAUAAGUGUGUCCAAGACUAUGAGGGGUCCGUUUGUCCCAUUGAUUGGGUUAUGGAGAAGGAAGAAGAGUAUGAUGGUUACUGCAUAUCCCCGGAUGGGUACACAGGAAAAUGCAUGCGAAAAAUAAAAUUUAGUACUAUGACAAGUAAAGAGAAGGCUAUUUACUCCAACCUGUGCGAUAUCAAAUGGCCAUGUAGGAAAAAAUGCACUCAUGAUUAUUCUGUUUUAUGCCCAUCCGGAUGGAUCGAAGGGGCAGAUGGAUACUGCCUCGCCACAAGUAGCUAUUCUGGAAACUGCGAGAAAAAAAUGUACCUAAAGCACCUCGAUGAAGUGAUGAAACAGACGUACGAACAUAAGUGCCAAUUCAAUUAUCCAUGUGUUCACUCGUGUGAGAAGAAUUACAGUGAUGUUUGUCCCAAUUUGUGGAUCCCUGUCAACGAGAAGGAAUGCACCCCCUCUGAAAAUUACAACGGUAGGUGCAAACAUAACUAUAUUUUUAAAGGCAACAUUUUGGAGGAGGAAAAGAAAAACUUUGAAAAAAUGUGCCAUGUGUCCUACCCCUGUGUUAAGGAUUGUAAGAGGGAUUACUCCUUUAACUGCCCCAUUGGAUGGAAAGAAACGCUGAGUUUUUGCCUGGCUCCCACGUCGUACCGACACAGUUGUGAAAAGAUGAUGAAGAAAAAUAUGAACGAGAGGGAAAAAAUCCAAGUUAGUGCCAAAUGCCUCGUCUUUUGGCCCUGCUCCAACUAUGAGGUUGUCCUGAAGAACCUCCUGCACAGCAACAUUUCGCCGGCGGAUUAUCUGUCCGUGGUGAAUGGGCCCGUCGAUGACGUCACCGGGGCGGUUCUGCGAUUGACCGGUUGA